UUAAUGUCUUCUUUUCAAUGUCAACUCCUGCAGCACGAAAACUCUUCAGUCAAGAUGGACUCCUCCAUCUACACCAUCCUCUUCUUCUGUUUCAUCUGCGCCUGCCAAUGUCGACAGGAGAGCUACUGGACGAAAAGAUAUCAUCGGCUUCGUCCAAGAGCUGCUCCUUUGAUGAAGAGUGGAUUCAGAGCUCACCGGGAUCGAGGAUACGAGGAUAGAGAACUUUCUGCCUUUACUCCUCCCAGCAGUGAUAUAAGAUAUCAGAAAAGAUAUCAGAAUCAAAGGAUCUCGAAGACAGCCUCUUCCAGAAGAGUAGAAUCCAGGAAAUACAGGGUAAAAGGAUUUGGGGAAAGAGAACGUUAUACAACUCCACCUCCUGAGAGUGUCGAAUUUCAAGACUUAAGAAAAAAAUACAGGUUUGGCUCACACCCAACUGCUUCUCUUCCGAGGAAGAGUGGAUUUAGACAUUACAGGACGAAAAAGUACGAGGAUCAAGAACUUCUCACGACUCCUUCACCCACGAGUGAAGAACUCGACACUUCCAUAUAUGGAUAUGAUGAUCAUACAACUCCUCCUGAUGAUUUCGACACUUACAGGCAUCAGUAUCGUGAUCUUUCAAUAGUCACUGCUCUCAAGAGUGAUGAAUUCGACCCCAGGGAGAUAGAAUAUAAUUAUGAACAAGAACCGAUUUCUCCGAUGAAGAGCGAAUUCAGAUCUUACUGGCCGAAAAAAUACGAGGAUAUAACUAACGAUGGUGAUGAAGACGAUGAUGACGGUUUUGUUACACCUGCUUCUACUCUACCAAAAUUAAAUAAAAGGAAACUCAAUGAUCAAGACGAAGAGAGGAAAUUUUCUCAGAUAAAAAAAGAAUUACAAUUCGAGCUGGAAACGCUGUGGGAUGUAAUGGUCGAGGAGCUGCCAGUUUGUACUCGCGACAUGUUGGAGGCAUACGAUCGGGCCAUCGUGGCGUUACAUCAAGGCAGAGCGAGUUCAGACCCGUACCUGUCCCGAUCCAACAAGAAAGAAGUGUUUCGACUUGACCAGAGAACACCACCAUUCUGCAUUAUUCAAAACUCAGUAUUCCGUGAUAUUAUGGACUUAAAGCAAAACGAAGAUAAAAUAGAAAAAAAAUAUAUCAAAAGAAAAAGAAAAUGGAAAUAAAUGAAGCGAACAAUGCCAAGAUUUUCAACAUGAGAUAAAUACAUGAAUAUAUAUAUUUUUAAAUAAAUAUUCUACUAU